CAGAAAUGGCCACAACUGUCCCGACUGUGCCCGGACAAAUCUCACUACAGCGGCUGAACGCGGUCCUGUGAAGACCGAGAGACAUCUUGUGCUUUUCCUCACCGUGUGUGAAUAAAACACACGUUCCAGAGCGUUGAAUUAUAAAGGACUAACUUCUUAUUGCCUAAAGCUGUUCAGCUUGCUAUCUUUGAAGUGGAUGACCGAUCACAGAAAGAACAUAAAGGCUGACUUCCUCCUGUUGGCGUGAAAUGGCCUCUGUUUUGAGCAGUGCCUUGUAUCGCUCAAGCAGAUCUCAGUAAACGCUGGUUUGAGCUGGAUGCUGCUGCAGCAGGGAUGAUCAUGUCCCAUAUGAACGGUUAUGUGCAAGAGGCCUCUGGUCAGGCCAAGAGCCACAGGGAAAGGGCAGUGGACUGUCCAGGAGAGGAAAGUAGCCUAGUUAAAUCUCCACACUGCAGUGCCCACAUGGAGAGGAUUCAGCACUACCAGGAGGAGCUUAAGAAGAGGAGAGAGGAGGACAGCAGGGGGAAGCACGACAUAGACCCCAAUGCUUCACUGAGGCUCAAGAAGCUGUCACAGAACCCCAAGGUGGGCAUUGACAAUCCUACCUUCGAGGGGAAGGAAAAGGCCACCAAAGACACAUGCUCCCAGGAGGCUGUAGUCGGUGAGUUGAAAGAACUGGUGGAACUGCUGCAGGCUCUGAAGUGGGCGCAGCACUGCCUGACUGAUGCGCAGAGCCAGCAGGAUGCAGAGCUGAUAAUGCAGCUCCUUUCCAAGGAGGACUUCAGGAAUGCCUACACUAUCUACAGUGCUGUAUCCCAGCAGAUGACCAGAGUCAGUCCCACCUCACCCCUCACAGCACAAGCAGAGGAUCUCUGCCAGGAGGUCCAAAAGAUUCUCCAGUCCAGCCAACAGAUGGAGGGUUUGGAGCUCAAGGCUCUGCUCACCAAUCCUCAUCUCCAGGCACUGAUGCAGGCCCAUGACAGUGUGGCAGGGCAGGAAAUGUCAGAGGAAGAUGUGGUCGAGUACCAUGGAGAGACCGUUAAACUGGUGCGGCUGGAGAAGGCCCGUGACACGCCACUGGGUGCGACAGUACGUAACGACAUGGACAGUGUGGUGGUGAGUCGUGUGGUGAAAGGUGGAGCAGCAGAGAGGAGUGGCCUUCUCAGUGAGGGAGAUGAGAUCCUGGAAAUUAACGGGAUUUCUAUUCGUGGGAAACACGUCAAUGAAGUCCACGACUUACUGCAACAAAUGCAAGGCACUCUGACCUUCCUCCUCAUCCCGAGCUCUCAGAUUAAACCUGCCCCACACAGACAGACUGUGAUGCACGUGCGAGCUUACUUUGACUACGACCCCUCCGAUGACCCCUUCCUGCCGUGUCGGGAGUUGGGCCUAUCCUUCCAGAAGGGGGACAUCCUCCACGUCAUCAGCCAGGACGACCCCAGCUGGUGGCAGGCCUACAGGGACGGAGAUGAGGACAACCAGCCUCUGGCUGGACUCAUUCCAGGGAAAAGCUUCCAGCAACAGAGAGAGACCUUGAAGAAAACUAUAACAGACAGGAGUCGAGAGCACCAAGGGAAGCUUUGGUAUGCAAAGAAAAACAUAAAAAAGAGGAAGAAGAGCACGUCUACCUUGAGCAGAACUACUGACUACGACGACAUCCUGACCUAUGAGGAGAUGUCGCUUUAUCACCAGCCUGCUAAUCGUAAACGCCCCAUCGCUCUGAUUGGUCCUACGAACAGCGGUCACGAUGAGCUGCGUCGGAGGCUUCUGUCUAUCGAACCGGAAAAGUUUGCUGUCGCUGUUCCACACACAACUAGAAACUCAAGGAUUCAUGAGCUGAAUGGGCGCGAGUACCAUUUUGUGAGUCGGCCUGCCUUUGAAACCGACUUAGCGGCAGGGAAGUUCAUUGAGUCGGGGGAAUAUGAGAAGAACUUGUACGGCACCAGCACUGACUCAGUUCGACACAUCAUCAACUCUGGACGCAUCUGUCUGCUCUGCCUCCACACCAGGUCACUGCAGAUAUUGAGGUCCUCCAACCUCAAGCCCUAUGUCAUCUUCAUCGCGCCUCCUUCUCAGGAACGACUACGCACCCUGCUGGCCACAGAGGGGAAGACACCAAAGCCUGAAGAGCUAAAGGAGGUUAUUGAAAAGGCCCGCGAGAUGGAGCAAAAUUUCGGCCACUUCUUUGAUGCAACCAUUGUGAACAUGGAUCCAGACCAGGCUUUCCACGAGCUGCGCAGGCUGAUAGACAAGUUGGACACUGAGCCACAGUGGGUUCCCACCUCCUGGCUGUGCUAGACGUCACGGGGUGUCACUGCACGGCGCCUCAGGGUAAUAGGGGUGGGAAAAAUGAAUGUUCCUGGAGAUUUAAAAUUGAAGGAUGGACAGUGGUGAUUGUCACAGGAUUUUCACUUGCACAUUCUCCUCGUUUAUAGAAGAGGUGAUGUUCACCACAUGUUGCAGGGAUGGACUCAAGUUUCUUACAAUUCUUUAUGUUCUGUGUGUGUGUGUGUGUGUGUGUGUGUGUGUGUGUGUGUG